GCCCCGGCCCUCUGAUGACGCUGGCUAUGGCUGACUUCGCCGGGAAUAUUCGCGUGGGCCGCAGGACCCGAGCUGCCCCCGCCUCCGGGAAGGCUACAGGUACUAAACAAACAAGAGCCACGAGACAAGAAGAUGCUUCUAAAAGGAAAGCAGAACUAGAAGCAGCUGUGAAAAAGAAGAUUGAGUUUGAAAGAAAAGCUCUGCAUAUUGUUGAACAACUGUUAGAAGAGAAUAUCACAGAAGAAUUUUUAAUGGAAUGUGGGAAGUUCAUCACACCUGCUCACUAUAGCGAUGUUGUGGUUGAACGUUCAAUUGUCAAGUUCUGUGGUUAUCCUUUGUGUCAGAAAAAGCUGGGCAUCGUACCAAAACAGAAAUAUAAAAUUUCUACCAAAACCAAUAAAGUUUAUGAUAUUACUGAAAGAAAGUCUUUUUGCAGCAAUUUUUGUUACAAAGCAUCUAAGUUUUUUGAAGCACAAAUUCCCAAAACUCCAGUAUGGGUUCGAGAAGAAGACAGACAACCUGAUUUUCAGCUGCUAACAGAAGGACAAAGUGGCCAUUCAGGAGAAGUGCAAUUACAGAAAGUCAUUAAAACAUCAGAUGUUGAUAAUCCUGCUCAUUUUGAAAAGCAUUGUGAAUCUUGUUCUUCCAGCACUUGUAGUAAUAGUAGCAGUGAUAAUGAACAAGACUUUGUUUCCUCCAUUCUACCAGAAAAGAGGCCGAAUGCAAUGGGUAUGGGGCCACAGCUGCACCAAAAAAGCAUAAUGAAAAAGAAAGCUGGUCAAAAAACCGACUCUACACUCAAAGAACAGAUAGUAGUAGAAGUCACUGAGCAGUUAAGCAGUUGCAAAUUAGGUAGUCAGGAGAAAGCUGCCACUUGUGAACUUCCUUUUCAGAAAAUCAGAAGUCAGAUUUCUUCAAAUAGUCCUUCACAUGAAGGAUUACAAGCAUCAGGAAAUUUUGAAAACAAAUACAAUAUGUCAGAAAUAACUCUUGUGGGAAUAAGUAAGAAAAGUGCUGAGCACUUUAAGAAGAAAUUUGCCAAAUCAAACCAAGUUUCUAGUUCAGUGCAGGUAUGUCCUGAAGUUGCAAAGACAAACUUACUUAAAGUUCUGAGGGAGACUUUGAUUGAGUGGAAGACCGAAGAAACUUUGAGGUUUUUGUAUGGCCAAAAUUAUGCUUCUAUAUGUCUGAAACCCUCUUCAGCCUGUCUAGUUAAUGAAGAACUUGAUGAAGAUGACAUAAACGCCGACUCAGAUGAUCAUUCCCUUUCCUUAAGGGGAUCUCAGAAUAGCCUGGAUCAAUCUUUACCUUUCAGAGGCUCAGUUACAGCCACUAAGCCACUACCAAGUUAUGAGAACUUGAAAAAAGAAACUGAAACGUUAAAUCUGAGGAUCAGGGAAUUUUAUAAAGGACAGUAUGUUUUGAAUGAAGAAACCACCAUAUCACAAGACUCAGAAGAGCAUGAUCAUACCUUUCCACUGAUAGAUUCAAGUUCCCAGAACCAGAUUAGAAAACGCAUCGUACUUGAAAAAUUGAGUAAAGUAUUGCCUGGACUUUUGGGUCCUCUGCAGAUUACUUUAGGAGAUAUUUACACUCAGCUUAAAAGUCUUGUCCGAACUUUCAGAUUAACAAAUAGAAAUAUCAUACACAAUCCUGUGGAGUGGACUUUAAUUGCAGUGGUGUUGCUGUCAUUACUGACCCCAGUUCUUGGCAUUCAGAAGCAUUCUCUGAAAAAUGUGUUAUUUGCACAGUUUAUAGCCACCCUGCUUGAAGAAUUACACUUAAAGAAUGAAGACCUUGAAAGUUUAACCAUCAUAUUUAGAAUUAGCUGUUAACCAGAGUGAUAUAUUUAAGGAAGAGAGAAUAGAAGAUGAACUACUCACCAUGUCUGGAAUUCUAGCCAUAGCCAUGAUCUAGUGGUGACUGAUAAUUAGUUUUGUUCCAAGAAAGAGCUUUACCUUCUCAAGUUUCAUUCCCUAUCUCCCAGUGCCUAACUGCAGAGGAUAACUUCCCCAGACAGAGGAAAGCCAUUAGCCCAGCAAAAAUAACCCAAGUCCUUGCAUCCUUGGCUACCAGACAUAGUACUUUUAUUUGAAAAAAACUGAAGUCAUAAAUUGAAAUUGGAAUCAAUAUUAAAGAAAAUAUAAUAACCUAAUUUCUCUGAAUGAUACCAGUUAUCAAAGCAGUUGACAAAAAAAUAAAUAAAACGUUACCAUUUGGCCUUCCAAUAUAAACUCUAAAGAACAGUAAAUAAUUAGGUCAAUAAAUGCAAUCUACGAUGAAAUCCUUUACAAAAGUCUAGAUUUCUUUAAAGAAACUAACUCUACUCUAGAUCCUAAGCAAGAUGAUUAACCUUACAGGUCCAAAAUGAGAAUCCCAGGAUGUUCUACAAUCAGGCGUUUUAAAGGGGGAAACAUUUUAGUGUUUUUCAAAACAGACAAAUCUCUAGAAUUUAGAUUGCUGCCUCCACAGCAGUCAACGGGAGAUCUCAGACAGUUUCAGGAACUUUAGACAUUGAAGAAAACGACAGAUCCUAAUAAUACCCAACAGUGUAAAGAAGACAGAAGGUAGACCUGAAUUGUUUUUAGCUUUGUGACCAAGUCAUCCAAAUGGUUUGUUGUUUUUUUCAACAAACCCAGUGAAAAGAACCCAGGGCUUUGUGCAAGCUAUGCAAGCACCCUCCCCUGAACUACAUCCCCAGCUCAAGUCACUUGAAAUUUAUUGACUUCAUUUCAGUUGUCUAUAAAAUAAGGAAGUCGGCCAUACUGUCUCUAUUGAAAAGGACUGAAUGCUACUACCCUAUUGUUAGUUUGAGACAUAUUUGAUUUUUUUUUUAACCUAAUCUAACUAGAUGACAUAACCAUUAAAAAAAAAAUCAGUGUGCUAGAACCAAUAAAGUUCAGCACGGCCACAGAUUACAAUAUCAGUAUACAAAAAACAACUGUGUUUUUGUGUAUCAACAAUGGAAAAAGGAAAAAAUUCCAUUCACAACAGCAUCAAAAAACAAGAACUUAGGAAUAAGUUUAACAAAAGACUUGAAUAGUGAAAUUUAUAAACAUUUAGAGAAAUUUUAAAAGGUAUAGAUGUAAAAGGCAUUCUGUGUUAAUGAAUUGGAACAUCUGACGUUGUUAAACCAGCAGUUCUUCUACUAUGAUAUUUCAGAACAUACAAUUUGUACUGAUCAAAUCAGGGUAAUUAACAUAUCCAUCUCUUGGUCAUUUCGUUGUGCUUACAGCCUUCAAGUUCUUCUCUAUUUAUAAAAUACAGAUUAUUAUGAACUACAGUCACCCCGCUGCACUGUAGAACAGCAGAAUUACUUCUGUCUCGGUACCUAUUCCCUUUCUCUGUACUCCCUCCCUUAUAUCUUUCCCAGUCUCUAGUAAUUACUACUACAUUGUCAGAUUAACUUUUUUAAAACAUCCAGAAAUAAGAGACCAUGUUCUACUUGUCUUUCUGUGUCUGACUUAUCUCACAUAAUAUCCUCCAUUUCCAUCCAUUUUGCUGCUAAUGCUAAUGAUCUGUUGUGUAUAUACAGCAUAUUUUCUUUUUUGGGGGGGUGCCCGGGAUCGAACUUGGGCC